CUCCCGAUUACCCACCCCGGGGCUAAAGUAGGCCUAUCUUGUCUUCUUGUCGGCAAGUGUUCAUUUUUCACAAAAGAGAGUAACGCGAGUAACGAACUCAUUUAAAUUUCAGUUAUUGUAACUGCGUUAAUUGACCAAAAAAAAUACUUCGUUACAUGCUCGUUACCGCUAAAAGUAGUGGAAUUACAGUAAUGCGUUACUCCCAACACAUAUUGGUUGAAAGUGUCACGAGGGGAAUGCGAUGCCACGCGAUACGGUUGGCUGGAGAGAAGACGUAUCACUCUGUUGGACUAAUUGAAACGACAAACGCACUCUUGGUGCACUCAUGGAAAUACAGAGGAGAGCUGCGGAGAUCCCGCACGGGUUGAAUGUCGACCUGAAGCUACUCCUGCAAUUCAUGUUAGUUAGCGACAGCCGAUAUGAUCUUCUACUCGCAACGCUGGUCAUUUCAAUCUUUAAAAGUGACUUUCAGCCCAGUAUCAAAAUUAAAAGCUGCAAACCUCGAGGAUUUGAAGAAUGCCCUCAGCUAAUAAGAAAAAAAGAGGACCGAUGACAGAUUUGGCGGCUACAGUCGGCUACGAUUGUUAGAGACGGAGAUUCCAUGUAUUUUGCCAGCCCGGGUGCCAGACCUCCCAGUCACUCCCACCAAUGCGCCCAUAUUUCUCACAUUCACACACUUCUUCUGCAUCGAAAGUCUGCACCGUUGAGCCAAAUGUUUCACAUGCUCAUUAAAAGCACAAUGUGUGUGUGAGUGUUUGUGUGUCAACUAUGAUUCAGUCCAUGUACGGAAGAAGCCAAGUAAUUAUAUGCUGUGUGCAAACAAACACGCAAUCCCCCCCACCAGGACAUAUCCCCACCCCCCCUCUUACUGGCUCAAAAACGAUCACUGGUGUCUUCCAAAGAAAACAUUGGUGCUUUCCCACCAUGACUUGCACAAACAAGGAAUUUGACGAGGUAAAGUGUCUCUCAGUGCUUACACAAAAUAUACAUUUCAACACAGUACAAUACAGAACAAACAAAAACAAACAGUUCAGUACAGAACAAACAGUGCAACGGUCUAAGAAGUUUUUGAAAGUGACUUAAAGUAUAUACAAGAGGAAUGGCUAUAUACAGUAGCUGUGAAACAGUAGUGCCAGAAGAAGUGGAGAGUGCGAGAAGUGCAGGGAUAAAUAUAUAUGCUACAGUGGGUUAUUGUUCAGUAGUGAGACGGCGAGGGGGAAGAAACUGUUUUUGUGUCUCGAGGUUUUGGCGAACAGGGAUCUGUAGCGUCUACCAGAGGGGAGGAGUUUAAAUAGUCUGUGUCCGGGGUGGGAGGAGUCUGCAGUGAUUUUUCCUGCCCGUUUCCUGACUCUGGAGGUGUACAGGUCUUGGAUGGUGGCCCCUUUAAAAUUGUUAUUUUUGGGGUAUUUUUUGCGAUGACGGCUGAUUGAUGGCAGAAAGCUAUAAGGCUGGUGUUGUAUAAGAUUCGGUCAAAAGGUGUCACACAAAGUACUGCAGCCGAGGACAGACACAUGGACCGAUGUGAUGGGGCCAGAGGUUCCUGCUGUGAGGAGCUGGAUGCUGAACACGUCAGCCCUUAACCCGUCUCCUGGAUACACACAACAAGCACGUUAACCGGAAGGUUUGGGCUUUGGCAAAGCUUUCAGAGGAGGGAAAUACGAGAAGGUGUUUUGUUGUAGCAUGGCGGCUUGACGCCCCCAAAGCCCCGCCCCUCAGACAGAGGAAGGCUGCCGAGCUCUGUGUCAUGCCCCCCCACAUCCACCCCCAUGAGGGCAUCGGCCUGCUCCCGCCCGCUUCUGCCACGCACCACUUGGCCAGACCUGUCUUCCUCUGUGUCCUCUCCCUCCUGGCGACGCUGCUGCCGGCCGCCUCCUCCUGCCCUCCUCCCUGUCUCUGCGACUCACACAGUCUGGUGGUGGACUGCAGAGGCCGGGGUCUCUCCUCCCCGCCCCCCCUUCACCUCCUGCCUCCAGGGAGCCGCUCCCUCCUGCUAGCCAACAACAAGCUGGCCUCGCUGGGAGCCUCUGCCCUCGCGAACCUCUCCUCUCUGGAGGAACUGGACCUCUCCAAUAACUACCUGGAUAAUUUACCAGCUGGAUUAUUCAGAGACAUGUCCAACCUGACGAGACUGACUCUGCACAACAACUCACUCACCGCAAUGGACAGAGAUCUCUUCCAGGGUUUGGGGGGUCUUCAGAGUCUGGAUCUGUCCCUGAAUGGCCUGUCCUCUGUUCCUGUGGGGCCACUGGAUGAGCUGCAGAGCCUCAGGUGGCUGUCUCUGGCGGGAAACCGGCUUCGUGGUCUGGAGAGGGCAGCGUUUGAGCCGCUUGCUAACCUACAACACCUGGAACUGGGGCGUAACCCCUGGGAGUGUGACUGCAACCUCCGCGAUUUCAAACACUGGAUGGAGUGGCUGCUGUACAGAGGGGGGAAGGUGGACGCGGUCGAGUGCACGCUACCGAAGGAUCUGCGCGGGCGAGACAUCCGCGGCGUUCCGGUGGAAAUGUUCAACUACUGCCUCCAACUCGAAGAUGGGAACGGGGGUGCGGGAGGCGAGGGUUCCCGUUCCGGACAAGGAGGCGUUCCUCCCUGCAGCAGGAACGCCCCGAGUGGGGCAACACCCAUCUCUGGCAACGGCAACACUGGUGGGGACUCCGCUUCAAACACGGGAGGAGGAGGAGGAGGAGGAGGAGGAGGAGGAGGGGCCCCGUCGGAUUGCGUCCACACCCGUUACCGACCCGUCAGCGUGCGCCGCGCCAUCGGCACCGUGGUGAUCGCCGGCGUGGUGUGCGGCGUCGUCUGCAUCAUGAUGGUCGCAGCCGCGGCUUACGGCUGCAUCUACGCCUCGCUGAUGGCCAAGUACCAGAGGGAGCUGAAGAAGAGGCAGCCGCUGAUGGGCGACGGAGAGGCGGACGGGGAGGACAGGGAGGAGAAACAGAUCUCCUCUGUGGCCUAGAGGAGCGGCGGGGGAGCGUCGACAUGUCAAAGGGUGAAGGUCGGAGAGGGGGAACAUUUAAAAGGGCUCAGAGGACAGAGAUUGAAGAGCUUGUUUAACGCACGCAGACAAUUAUGGUAUCUCCGAAUCGGACUCUCAAACUGACGCCUUUCUCCCACUUUUUAUCCUCUGUCUAUUUUUAACCUCCCUCUCUCUCACACUUCACAUACACUACCGUUCAAAAGUUUGGGGUCAUCCAGACAAUUUCGUGUCUUCCAUGAAAACUCACUUUUAUUUAUCAAAUGAAUUGAAAAUUGAAUAGAAAAUAUAGUCAAGACAUUGACAAGGUUAGAAAUAAUGAUUAAUAUUUGAAGUAUUAAUUUUGUUCUUCAAACUUCAAGCUCAAAGGAAGGCCAGUUGUAUAGCUUAUAUCACCAGCAUAACUGUUUUCAGCUGUGCUAACAUAAUUGCACAAGGGUUUUCUAAUCAGAUAUUAGUCUUCUAAGGCGAUUAGCAAACACAAUGUACCAUUAGAACACUGGAGUGAUAGUUGAUGGAAAUGGGCCUCUAUACACCUCUGGAGAUAUUUCAUUAGAAACCAGACGUUUCCACCUAGAAUAGUCAUUUACCACAUUAACAAUGUAUAGAGUGUAUUUUUGAUUAAUGUUAUCUUUAUUGAAAAAACAGUGCUUUUCUUUGAAAAAUAAAGACAUUUCUAAGUGACCCCAAACUUUUGAACGGUAGUGUACAUCUUAUCUGUUCUCUGAUUUUUUUUACCGCCGUAUUUGUUAUCAAUCGUCCCUCCAACUCCCCUACCAACCAUCUACUGCUGCUCUCGGCUGCUGCUGAAAUAACCUUUAGAUUGGCUGAGAGAAACAAAUGUAGUAAUCUUUGUAGGAUGAAACAUCAUAAAAGCGGUCACAAGAUGUUUGCGGUGUACAGUCAGUAUUUGUAAAACUGGAUUACAUUUUCAGGAAUUUGCGGUAUGUAUGGUGUCAAUUGGACCAAUAUUCAUAAGGAUGAGAAGAAGUUCUAAUAUUAGGUUUCGCCCAGCUCUCGUCUUGUUUGUGUCUUUCUCUAAAAAACCAGGACUCCAAACCCAGAUCCCUUCACCCUCGUCUGUUCCCUUUCUCCUCCAAGUCCCGAAGAAACAGCCAGUAUUGGAGAGCUUGGAGGAAAAAAGAGAAAUGUAAUGGAUAAACACAAAGAGAUAACAUUUAUUUGGUCGAUGCCUCUCGAGCGUUUUGUUGCGGGGGAAAACUGGAGAGCACAAACACUCCUGAGUCUCCCUUCAGACUCUUAACAGGAAACCAUUGAGAUUGACUAAAUAAUCAUUCAUGGAUGGCUGGACAUUUCAAAUACAUUAGAAUACAUACGAUUACAUAUUUGGACCAGAUCUGUUUCUCUCUUGAUCUUUUCCUCCACCAGAUGUCACACACUGGAGCUGUGUGUGGGAUUCUACAUGAAUAGGAUCGGUUCAGUUCAGGGGAACAAACCCUUUGAACUGGAAUUUGACUCUUCCGUCUCUUUCAGUUGUGUUCAGAAGCUCUUGCUUACAUGAUGCUUGUUAAAUGAUGAUGAUCAUUUUCUGGACGGAUCAAAAGCCAGCGGUCAAGCUCAUUUUCUGGUACCUCUUGGACUACGCUUCUAGCUUUGCUGGUAUGCACAAUUGUUGAAAUUAAAUGAUUGACAUUUAAAGGACCACAGACUUUGCUUUAAAACAAAUGUUCUUUGUUCGGAGCUCAUUUUCAGACUGAUUUCACCCCUCAAAGGUGAAUGUUUGGCAUUAUGGCAUGGAAGCACUAUCUCAGAGAACCCUGUCCCCUGUCAAGGACUACAAACCGUCAUCUAAGGACUAAAAACGUCAGACUCCUGCACUUUAUUUCUCUAAUCAGAUCCGGCCUCCCUCCAGUCUCUUUUAAAAUUGAUGAUGUACCCAGAGGGAUUAUAACGUACAAGGGAUGAAACAAAAAGACGCUGCUAUUUUUCCCCCAUCCUUUUAUCCCUCCUUCCACCUUACCAUCCAGUGCUAUUUAUAGAAAGUAUUUCACACUUUCUUAAAAUAAUGUUUCUUUUAUCCCUUCUCCCCCGAUUGUGGUCCUUAUGUUUUUAGCCUCAAAAAGUAAGCAAUAUCCAAUGGCUGCUGUGUCACCAUAACAUGAAAAUGAUGUCAUCGCCGAAGAGUCUCUCUGUUAAAAACUUAGUAAUCAUCACAUAUGUGAGAGGAAUCUGUUUGAUUGGCACUCCUUGAUUCACAAAAAGGUUAGUUUGUUUGCCUUGCAUGGUGUUUGCUUCAGUAUCCUCAUUCAUGCACGAAAAUAUGUAAACACUGAUAACCAGUCUCAAGAAUCUGGCUUUCAUUGCAUCUUGCUCCCCUAAAGAAGAACUAUCGUCCCCUCUCAAUUUAUAAUUGGCUGGAAAAUAAAAUAUUUAUAUUGUGUUAUCUUAUACCUGGGUAUGAUGCAGAUAAAUAUUAUAUUAAUGGUGUGUUGGCCCAGCGAUCCUCAAAAUGUUUUUGACGUAAGUAUCAAUUUCUGUAUCAAUUCAUGGGGUAUGUCUUUUGUUGUGUUAACGACUUCUGUUUUGCUUUAGGUUUAAAUAUCUGUGUGAUGUUCA